GGGGCGGGGGCGGCUGUCGCAGUGCGCGGCCGGAGCCAGAGGAGCCGCCGGCCCCAGCGGGCCGGGCCGGGCCGGGCCGGGCCGGGCGGUGCCGGGAGGCGCCAUGAAGGGGAAGGAGGAGCGGGAGGGCGGCGCGGCGGGGCCCGGAUCGGCGGGGCCGGGCGCGGGGGGCGCCAGCCCCGAGAAGAGCCACAGCGCGCAGGAGCACAAGGAGCAGGGAAACCGGCUGUUCGGCGGCCGCAAGUACCCCGAGGCCGCCGCCUGCUACGGCCGCGCCAUCAACCGCAACCCCUUGGUGGCCGUCUACUACACCAACCGAGCCCUCUGCUACCUGAAGAUGCAGCAGCACGACAAGGCGCUGGCCGACUGCAAGCGAGCCCUGGAGCUGGACGGCCAGUCGGUGAAGGCUCACUUCUUCCUGGGCCAGUGCCAGAUGGAGAUGGAGAACUACGACGAGGCCAUCGCCAACCUGCAGAGAGCCUACAACCUCGCCAAGGAGCAGCGGCUGAAUUUCGGGGACGACAUCCCCAGCGCGCUGCGCAUCGCCAAGAAGAAACGCUGGAACAGCAUCGAGGAGAAGCGGAUUAACCAGGAGAACGAGCUGCACUCCUACCUGACCAAGCUGAUCAUGGCGGAGAAGGAGAGGGAGCUGGCCGAGUGCCGAAAGACUCAGCAGGAAGAAAACGCGGACGAGAGCCGGAGCCGAGUUCAGCUGGCCAGCAUUGAGGCCAAACAUGACAAAUACCUGGCGGACAUGGACGAGCUCUUCUCUCAAGUGGAUGAGAAGAGGAAGAAACGGGACAUCCCUGACUACCUGUGUGGGAAGAUCAGUUUUGAGCUGAUGAGGGAGCCCUGCAUCACGCCCAGCGGGAUCACCUACGACAGGAAGGACAUUGAGGAACAUCUCCAGCGCGUGGGUCAUUUCGAUCCGGUGACGCGGAGUCCCCUGACCCAGGACCAGCUGAUCCCCAACCUCGCCAUGAAGGAGGUGAUAGACGCGUUCAUCUCGGAGAACGGCUGGGUGGAGGAUUACUGAGGGACCAAGGGGGCAGCGCUGGCCCACCCGGCUCCUCCCAGCCACGGCGGCACAGACGGCUCUUGCUGGGCUGGCACCAUGCCUUACUCGCUCUCCAGCUGUUCCCCCUCCACUCCGGGUGCCCAGAGACCCAGCGGCAGCGCUGGGCGAGGGCACGUCGCCCAUCUCCCCAUCCUGAGGAGCCGCAGUGGCUGGGCGGGCACAGAGGCUCCCCGGGCUCCCCUCUCCGCCAGCUCCUCGCAGACCACAGCACUCGGAAGAAGACCUGCCUGGUGGGUUGGAGAAGACUGGCUUGUCGAGGUGGCCUGGAAGGUCACACCAGCGUCUUCGUCGUCCAGACAGCAGGUUCCCCCUUGGCUACGGCAGCUGACAAUCCCAAAUGAUCACGGCCUGCUCCGGGGAGGUGCCGCGAGGAGCUUGCCAGGGUGAGCACCUGGUGUCGGUCGGGCCCGGUGCCCUCCCUGUGUAUAUAGUUGUUUCCUCCUCCUUCCACCUCCUGCCUGGCCAGGGACAAGGUCCUCCUCUUCCCUGUAACCAGCCACUUGCCGGGAUGGGAGAUCAACGUUCCCGCUGCGGAUGCUGACUCGCUCUCUGGCUUUUCCUGGGAAACAACUGCCCCUGGGCUGGAAGGGGCUGGCUCACACCUCCCCUCGCCUGCUGGGACCGUGGUUCCCUGUGAACAACUGCUCGGGUUAAAAUUCUUCCUUUUAACAAAAUCCCUUAAAAAAACAACCCCC